AUGCAACACGCCGUUCUUGGCACUGCCAUGGACCAGUGCAUUGUAGGGUCAUUUCUUGCGCUCCUACCACCUUACGAGAAGGACUGUUUAAGUAGAGCGCUCAAUUGUGUAGGGCCGUUUCCAAGAGAAGAAAUUAUUGACUUGCUAGAUGAUCACAACUUGCGCCAGUUACCCACUGCAGACAACAUAAGAUCCAUCCUUAUUUUCGUGGGAACUGCCGAGUUUGUGAUGAAGCCCUUCAUAUCUUUGAAGAGCUUGCGCCAAGGAAUGGGUGAUCUGUGGUCAAACGUGAGCAAAGAAGAAAUUGCGUCACUGUACGAAAUGUCCAGACCAACAGCAGCCCGCAUCAUGGCUAAUUUGGCAUUAACUCCAGAAAACGCUAAAGAGGCACAAAUUUUUUGA